CGGGGAGGGAGAGAGAGAGAGAGAGAGAGAGAGAGAGGCUGAGCCAGAUCUUCAUGCCACUGCAGGCAGCAGCAGCAGCAGCAAAACUUCUGAAGGUUUGCAGAAGACAAUAAGACAGUCACCAAGAAGGCCAUUGCAGUGUUGUCAGUUCCAGAGGUCUGGUACCAGGACUGCCACCCCAGCUUUCUCAUUGCUCCUGGUGGCUGGAGCAUAUCCCAAUGCUAUUUACCUGUUGAAUGUAUGGAGAAUAUCCUUCUGAAGACAACUGUCUCCUUUGUGUUUGAGCACCUGCCACUAUAUAAAUACUCAUCAGUUGGAAUUUACUACUACCAGUAUGUAUCAUUCUGUGUCUGAAACCAGUCACCCUUUGCAAACAGAGGAACAAGAGAUAGGCAUUGAUCCCUUGCAGAGUUUUUUGAACAAGCCAGGGGAAGGAGGAUCAAAUGAAAAUGGAAGCACACCCCCCACAUCAGAUUCAGAUGGAACUUUUAUUUCCUACAGUAAAGAAUGGGAAGAACUAUUUGUAAACAACAAUUACUUGGCAACUAUACGGCUGAAGGGGAUUAAUGGGCAGCUGAGAAGCAGCAGGUUCCGUAGUGUUUGCUGGAAGUUAUUUCUGGACGUUCUACCGCAAGAUAGAAGUCAAUGGAUUAAAACCACUUCAGACUUAAGAACUUCUUACAAUAAGAUCAAAGAAAUUCACAUUACAAACCCUCGGAAAGCAGGACAGCAAGAUCUGAUAAUCAACAACCCACUCUCUCAGGACGAGGGGAGUCUUUGGAAUAAAUUUUUCCAGGAUAAAGAGCUUCGAGCAAUGAUUGAGCAAGACGUGACAAGAACCUUUCCUGAAAUGCAGUAUUUCCAGCAAGAGAAUGUAAGGAAAAUUCUUACAGAUGUUCUGUUCUGCUACGCCAGAGAAAAUGAGCAGUUGCUUUAUAAACAGGGCAUGCAUGAACUUCUAGCUCCCAUUGUCUUUAUCCUACAUUGUGACCACCAGGCUUUUUCACAUGCCAGUGAAGCUGCACAACCAAGUGAGGAAAUGAAAGUUCUUUUGAAUCCUGAAUAUCUGGAACAUGAUGCCUAUGCAAUGUUCACACGUCUUAUGAAAACGGCAGAACAUUGGUUUUCAACUUUUGAACAUGACAGUCAGAAGGAGAAAGAUGUGAUGAUAACACCUAUGCCCUUUGCAAGGCCACAGGACUUGGGGCCAUCUAUUGCUAUUGUAGCAAAAGUAAAUCAAAUUCAGGACCAUCUGCUGAAGAAACAUGAUAUUGAGCUGUACAUGCAUCUGAACCGACUGGAAAUUGCUCCACAGAUUUAUGGACUGCGAUGGGUAAGGCUCCUGUUCGGACGUGAAUUCCCUCUUCAGGAUCUUCUGGUUGUCUGGGAUGCUCUGUUUGCUGACAGUAUCACCCUGAAUUUAGUCGACUACAUUUUUGUAGCCAUGUUGUUGUAUAUCAGAGAUGCCUUGAUUUCGAGUAAUUAUCAGACCUGUUUGGGACUCCUUAUGCAUUACCCACCUAUUGGAGAUGUUCACUCCCUUAUCCUAAGAGCACUUUUUCUCCGAGAUCCAAAGCGAAAUCCAAGACCAGUGACUCACCAGUUCCAACAAAAUUUAGAUUAUUACAAAGCACGUGGAGCAGACUUGAUGAACAAAACCCGUGCCAGUGCUAAAGCCGCCCCUCUGAACAUUAACAAAGUCUCCAACAGCUUACUGAAUUUUGGCCGAAAGCUCAUUGCUCCGGCCAUGGCUUCAGGUGGGGCAGUGGGCACUCCUGCCAGCGGGAGCAGCUUCCCUCCCACUUCAAUGCCAAGCAGGAGCACAGUGGAAGCCCUUCAGCAUCAGCAGCACCACCAGCAGCAGCACCACCACCACCAGUCACACCAGCAGAGGAUGAUGAAGUCUGAAAGCAUGCCAGUUCAGCUGGGCAAAGGCCAAAGUUCAAAAAACAUCAGUUCAUCUCCAAGCAUAGAGAGUUUGUCUGGAGGACGUGAAUUUACAGGAUCUCCACCUUUGUCUGCAUCAAAAAAGGAUUCCUUUUUCAGCACCAUCUCCCGCUCACGUUCUCAGAGCAAAACUAUAAGCAGAAAAGAGUCGAGGACAUGCUCCACGAUUUUUCCAAGGACUAAGGAGGAGGAAUUAGAGGCCCAGAUUUCAUUCCUACAAGGACAGCUAAACGAUUUGGAAGCCAUGUGCAAAUAUUGUGCAAAGAUGAUGAACACGCAUCUUGGAAAUAUUCAGGAAGUCAUUUUGCAAGAACGCUUGGAAAAAGAAGAUGAAAUUCUGGUUUCCUUGGCUGGUUUGAAGCAGAUCAAGGAUAUCCUGAAAGGUUCAUUGCGUUUCAACCAGAGCCAGCUGGAAGCUGAAGAAAAUGAGCAGAUCACUAUUGCUGAUGAUCAUUACUGUUCCAAUAAUCAGAACAAGGGCGCAGGUGAUGUCCUAAAGGGACCUGUCAUGACAAAGCAACAGUUCAUCUCAGGACAACAGAGUACAACUGAUUCGAGCACUAGCGAGAGCAAGAGUGCUGAUGACUAUAUUAUGGUUUCCAAAGAAGAGGAAAGAAGUAAAAGUGCUGUUCCAGAGCCAGUGCAGGCCCUUCAGGCACACAAGGAGGCAGUGGUGAAGGCAGAAGCUCCGUCUCGUUCUUCUUUGAUAUUUUCUGACCCUCUGAUGGGUUCCAUUUCAGCCUCCUCCAGCAAUCUGAGCUCCAGCCCUGAUGACGACAGUAGUAAUAACAGCAAAGAUUCUGACUUUGCUAUUGUCAGCCCACUGGACAUCUAAAGAAGCAGGUUGGGAGAGUUUGGGAAAUCUGUCAUUACAACUCAUCUCUAAUUUCUGUGAUUCCAUGGGCUGGAUAGUUCUUUGGAUUACAAGGACAGAAAAUAGAUAAAGGUAACCCAUUUCAGCUGCCAAAAGCCUAAAUUAAAAUAAAAAGGCGAACAAACAAAGCAAAACAAAAGACAUAAAUUUGCUACUUUUAAAAAAUAAUAUAUACAUUUUAGUAACUGCCUUAAAUAAAGACCCAGUAAAACCCAGUUCUAAUAUACAGUUAUUAUUGAUUAUGCUGUUACCUUACUUAGUAGCUUUGUUACCUAUAGAACUGUUGCUUUCCCAAAACAUAGAAUAGUAUUUGCUAGGUACCGUAAUGGAAAUGCGUGGAUGCUUGGCAUCAGACCUGAAGCAGCAAAGACAGGCUAGAUUUAAUAUUGUCCUUUUAUAAAAUGUGCUUGACUGGGUUUUCUGUGUAGGAAAGGGUACUGUUUCUUCAAAGACUGUGAUUAGAGAAGUAGGGAAUGAGUUUCCAAAAGAUUAAAAGCAUCAUCCUGGUAGGAAGUUGUUCUCCCUUGAGGAAUCCUAGUUUCCUCAUUUUCAUCUGGCAGUAGCCUGAGGCACGUUCAGGGCAGAGGUUUGUGUAGUUGUUCUUCAGUGCUUACAGGAGACGAUGUGACAAACUCCUUAAGAAUGGGGACCUACACAACAGAGACUUAUUUGCCUUUGUCUAGUUUUUCCCCUUGAAUGUUCCCAGUUCACCUCUUUCCCUCUUCGUCUACUUUUACUUCCCCUGGCAUGAUUUUUUUUUAAUUUUACUCAGACCACCACAUUGAAACAGUAGGUGCAAGGGAAAUAACAGUGUUUCAUAGUGUAGACCUGAGCUGGUUGAACUAAAGCUGGCUCUAGUAUGAUAACUUACAAGGGAAGGUUGCAAAGUGAAAUGAAAUGUUCAUAAUUAAAAGCACUUUAUGUGUCAUUGCUAUUCUCUUCUAUAGACUCUGUUUACAUAUAUUCCUAUAUGAUUUCCGUAUUUUUAACCAAGAGAAACAUAAUGGUGCAGCAGCGUUAACCAACAGAAAGUUUCUAACUCUGUUACUUGUUCUUCUAUGGAAAAGUGUAUUUCUCACAUCAAGUCCAUAGUACAUUUAAUAACAGUUUUAUGCAAGUAGAUAAGGGGGGCUUUCUAUACUCUCUGAUCCCUUUAACCUCUGUUGGAAUUCACAAAACAAAACUGGUGGUGAGUAGACAGCUCCUCUUGCAAGACCUACACAGUUAGCUUCAGGAAGGAAGUUUAGUAUGUCACUCUGUCACAGCAGCAAAAAGAAGCAUUAUUUGCUUUUAAGAUGCAUAUACAUUAUACCAUGCAACAACUUCCUAUUUGCAUGGCAAAGCUUGUGUUUGUUCAAAGUUAUGAAAUUGUAGUAAUUUGCUGCUUAGUCUGUAAUUGUAAAUGAAGUACUGUAUCCCAAAGAUGAGGUGACAUGUAAUUUGCUGGUCUUAGAUUUUACAAGGUCUGUGUCAGUGACUGAACUGAAGAGUUAAUUGUCAUGUAAUUACAUGGAAGCUGCCAUCCUUACAUGUUCAAAAGCCACCAUGUAGUUCUUCAGAGAUUAUUUGUGCCUUGUAAAAUGUUAAAAUACUAGAAUGUUAUAAGCAGGCAUAGCAUCACACCUCUCUGCAACAGAGUGAUGCAAACAGAUGACUAUUUAGAUGAAAGAUCUUAAAUGCGUAACGUUUUGGAGAGGUGUUUCUUUUGGUUUCAUUUUAAGCUUCAUGGAAUUCAGCAUGCAUGCCUGUCUCCAGUUUAUUUUGUUACCCUGAGUUUGCAUGAAUGCCAGGGGAUUGGGUGGCUGGUUGAUUUAUUUAGGUCUUUCAAGCUUUUCUAGCUUUAACCUAUACAGCGAGGCUUGUGGCACCAUCAGCAAAGAGUGGCUGUUGAAGAAGUAGCUGUGGAAAGAGGGGAGAAAUAUUCUGGGGACAGAGAGAAAAGUUUUAUAUUCUGUGAUACAUAAACCUUCAAAGAUUCCAGUAGCUUGGCAGGAGAAAAUGUUUUUACUUCUUUUUUAUUUUUUUAAGCAUCAGUCUUUUGAUUUCUAUUCUUGUGGGUUCUUUCAGGGAUCACAUUGCUAUUUUCUUGAACAGUCUCAUUGCCAAUGGAAGAAUGUGAUUUGUACAGGUUUUUUAUUUUUGUAAAUUAGUUGUAUCUUUAAUAUUGCAUAUUUUAAAACAGUAGUAAAAGUAUCUAAAGACUUGGGGAGUUUCUAAGAAGAAUCAGUGAAUACCGAUGAGCUGAAUGCGUAUCAUGCCAUGGGAUAUGAUAAAAAUCUUCAAAAGCAGAGAGAUGAUUAUACAAAUAAGAUCAGAGUAACUCCAGUAAAUGAACCUGCUUUGGUUGUACCAUGUCCUUCCACAUCUCAAAUAUGUUGUCUCUGAUAUUUGAUCAUAGUGCAGAGAUAGUUAAAAGUAUUUUAGUAUAUUUAUGAAGUUAGAAACAUCUAAGUUAGAUAAAACGUCAAAUCAUCACCCUGUUUUGUGUUAAGAAUAUUACUGAAAGGGAAAUUGUCAUUUAAAAUACAAGAUUAUUCCUUUUCUCCGGAAAUGACCUGCUCAGAUUGUUCAUGGAUAACAGUAAUCAGAUAGAAAAAUUAUAAGCAUUGCAAAUUGCUGACAAAACCUAAUGCAGCAUUAAGAUUGCUGAUUUGAGACUGUUUUACUGUAUCUCACAUCUGUAAUUUAUUACUUCAAAGUCUCUUGCAUGUCAUGUCAGUUGUAUGUACUGCAGAAAGGCAGUAUCAUAUUUUGACUGGAUAUUGAUUUAGUCGUGGAGCUUUGUAUCUUUACUCUGGAAGAACAUCUAGCCUGCUUUAUUAAAGAAAGAAUUAACAAACUUUCUGGGUUGUGCUUGUGCUGUUUUCUUAAAAAAGAGGGAAAGCUUUUUGGUUAGAAUACAAGUAUAAUUUCUGAGAACUAGGAUGAUUAAAACUUUAAAACUAUUUAUAUAAGCACAAAGUUUAUUAAUACUUCAAUCAGAUUUUAUGUAUGUGAUCCAGGGAAUAAGACUUCUUGUCAUCUAUCUCAGCUAAACAAUAUAGACUAUUUCCUGUUUUACCAUAUUUCUUGUAUCUGAAAAUGAACCAGAAUUUACCAUGACCUAACUUUUCUGCAAUUUCAUGAAGCUCAGUAUAGUAUCCUCGUUGCGUUUCAGUAACAGUGCCAGCAUCUGUACAGUACAUUUCUGAAUCUCUAGACUUGAAUUCGCACUCUUCAUUCUUUCCCAUGAUUCUCCAGUAUGUUCUCAUUAAAUGGUAUGAGGCAGCUAUUUUAAAGAUUACAUUUCAAAUUUAAGGUGUACUUGUGCCUGGCAGUUACAAUAUCAUCUGUUCAAAUGCAAUCUUAACAUGAACAGAUUUUUAAGUUCUUGAUGUGAACUCUUUAAUAAUACUUUUUAUUUUGUGCUGCAUGUCUUGGUCUUGAAUGAAUGAGUCUAAUGGUUUAUUGGAGUUGAAAAGAUGCAGUUUCAUAAA